CUCUCCUGCGUACCUGCCCUGCUCUCUCCCCUCCCCUCCGCCUUCUCCUUCUCCGGGCUCUGCUGCUCCUGCUCCUGCUCCUGCCUCCUCCCUCGCCGCCGCCCUCCCCAUCCCUCGCCGCCGGCCCUGCUGCAUUGUGGUCCAGCCCGGCCGGUGUCGGCGGAGGCAAAGUGGGCAAGAGCGGCGGCGGCGGCGGCAACAGCAGCAGCAGUCGCGCCGCCUCCAGCGAAGAUGGCAGAGAAGCCUCCUCCGCCGCAGAAGCACGACGGGCGCGUCAAGAUCGGCCACUACGUCUUGGGAGACACGCUGGGCGUCGGCACCUUCGGCAAAGUCAAGAUUGGUGAACAUCAGCUCACAGGACAUAAAGUAGCAGUCAAAAUUUUGAAUAGGCAAAAAAUCCGCAGUUUGGAUGUGGUUGGAAAGAUCAAACGAGAAAUUCAAAACUUAAAGCUUUUCCGGCACCCCCAUAUUAUCAAACUGUACCAGGUCAUCAGCACGCCAACGGAUUUUUUCAUGGUAAUGGAAUAUGUGUCCGGUGGGGAAUUAUUUGAUUACAUCUGUAAACACGGACGGGUGGAAGAGACUGAAGCCAGACGUCUUUUCCAGCAAAUUCUGUCAGCUGUAGAUUACUGUCAUCGGCACAUGGUGGUUCAUAGAGAUUUGAAACCAGAGAAUGUGCUGUUGGAUGCACACAUGAAUGCCAAGAUAGCUGAUUUUGGGUUGUCCAACAUGAUGUCUGAUGGUGAAUUUCUCCGAACCAGCUGUGGCUCACCCAACUAUGCAGCACCAGAAGUCAUCUCUGGAAGGUUGUAUGCUGGUCCAGAGGUUGAUAUUUGGAGCUGUGGCGUUAUUCUUUAUGCUCUUCUCUGUGGGACUCUUCCUUUUGAUGACGACCAUGUCCCAACACUCUUUAAAAAAAUCCGUGGAGGUGUCUUCUACAUUCCUGAAUACCUUAACCGCUCAGUUGCUACUCUACUGAUGCAUAUGUUGCAGGUUGACCCACUCAAAAGAGCAACCAUAAAGGAUAUGCGAGAACAUGAGUGGUUCAAGCAGGAUCUGCCCAAUUACUUGUUUCCUGAAGACCCUUCCUAUGAUGCCAAUGUCAUUGAUGAUGAUGCUGUGCGGGAGGUUUGUGAGAAAUUUGAAUGCACUGAAUCAGAGGUGAUGGCAAGCCUAUACAGUGGAGAUCCUCAAGAUCAACUUGCAGUUGCUUAUCACCUUAUUAUUGACAAUCGGAGAAUCAUGAACCAAGCCAGUGAAUUCUACCUCGCUUCCAGCCCUCCUUCUGGCUCUUUUAUGGAUGACUCUAUGCACAUCCCUCCAGGGGUAAAACCUCACCCAGAGCGGAUGCCUCCAUUGGUAGCAGAUAGUCCCAAAGCAAAAUGUCCCCUCGAUGCACUGAAUACCACUAAGCCAAAACCAUUGACUGUGAAAAAGGCCAAGUGGCAUUUAGGGAUACGGAGUCAAAGCAAGCCUUAUGAUAUCAUGGCUGAAGUCUACCGUGCUAUGAAACAACUGGAGUUUGAAUGGAAGGUGGUGAAUGCUUAUCAUCUUAGAGUUCGUAGAAAAAAUCCAGUGACGGGGAAUUUCGUAAAAAUGAGUUUGCAGCUGUAUCAGGUUGACAAUCGUAGCUAUCUACUGGACUUUAAAAGUAUUGAUGAUGAUGUCAUGGAACAAAGAUCAGGCUCUUCCACUCCUCAGCGCUCAUGCUCUGCAGCUCGACUGCACAGACCAAGACUGAGUUUUGAUUCUGCCUCUGCUGAUUACCAACCACUUUCGGGGUCUCUCAGUGGCUCCUUCACAGGUAGCAUGCCCUCUGUUACACCUCGCCUUGGCAGCCAUACCAUGGAUUUCUUUGAAAUGUGUGCUAGUCUCAUCAUGGCUCUUGCACGCUGACAGGUAUCUGUAGGAAGCUUGAUUUGCUUUGUCAGGCACAGCCAUUUUGAAAUCUGCACAGAAAGGACACAUUGGGCACUUGUGACAAUUAAAGCCUCAGUCUGAAAGUAGAAAUUUCCCUUUUUGCAGACACACUGUUUUGUGUAUUAAGAGAAAUCGGUACACGUGCUCAAUUGAAGUGAUUCCAAAUACAGAAUUUGCUUUACUUUUGCAAGGAAUUUGGAAUAGUUGAGUUAGGUCAUAAGAGUGUAGUAACUGUGGAAGCAAUGGAGACAGCUAUCAAGAGCACAAUGGACCCUUUCCAACAACUGCCAGUUUCUAUUCAUUGCCACUAUGAUGCUAUACUCUUCUAAAAAUGCAGCAACUGCCAAAAUCUGAAAAAUGUCUGCAGAUGUACUCAGUAGUGUCCUUGCUGUUGUGAACAUACCUGCAAUACUGUUCCUGAAGACUUGAUUAUUCCUUUUGAAGGAUUCAGUAAAGUGAUAUCAGAAGACAAAAAUAAUAGCAUUCUGGUAGAGUUGAUUUGCACAUUAUAUACUUGGAAGUUUUUUUUCCACCUUUGCUGCUAUUCCACAGACUAUAAGAUGCAAAAUCACCUAUAGAGAGUAUACUCAAUAAGAAGUGCAAUUUUCGAAUGCGUGAGACCCUGGAUUGCAAAUAUUUAUAAGCUUACUUCCAAAUAUCUUCAACAGAGAAAUUGUUGGUGAGUGCUUUUGGAAUGCUUAAUGAGUCAACACAAAUUCUGGAUUCUUGGGAAUUGAUUGUUGCAUCGUACAAAUGCAUCCCUUUAUUCUAAACAUAGUUCUGUAAUUAGGUCAGGUCCCACAGGUAAAGUGUUUCCUAAGACCAGGAAGAGCAGGAUACAAGAGCUGGUGAUGAUUAUCUUUGGUAGCGAUGACUACAUCAAACGUUCUCAACUGUGGAUCCAUAGAAGUUGAUUGUGGUUUCCAUCUACUUUAGCCAUAAUACAGAUUACUGGGAUAUUUGUAGUUCAUUGGCAUCUUCAGUUAGCAUUCCUUCAUGGCAGUGGGUUGGAGUGAAAAAUGCUCGUGGACUCUUCCAACUCUUAUGAGUGUUGUGAUGGAAUUAGAGAAAAUAGCAAUUUUUAUGAACAACGUGUGAGCAAUGGUGCGUAAACAUCUAUGGUUUCAAAAUAUGAACAAGCCUUUGCUUAGUGAUGUAACAGAACCUUGGUUACUAGCAGACUAUGUCUUAACACAGGGAGGGUUGUUGAUACUCAGAGAUAAACCAGAAUGAAAUGUAUGAGCCACUAGGUAGAACAAAGUAUGUGCAGGAACAAUGCUGAUUUGGCAUACACAGAAGCUUAUAGGCUUCCCAAUAGAAGUCCUGGCUGUUGUCUUUAUAAUUUCUAACAGUUCACAACAAGUGCCUAGAAUGAAUGGACUAAAUUCCACUCCUACACUCCCUCCUUCUUUGUCUGCCAAAAAGUAUCAGACAGUGAAUGGAUAGUCCUUCAGUUCUUAUGCUUUGGAUAUUGUCUAGGCAGCACUCUCCCAGCUGGUAGCCUGUAUAAAUCAGCAAAUCUUUAAAAUGCCAACAAAUUUUUAUGGGAGGUGGUGGUAGGGCAGGGUCACCAGCUUUCUCCAAACUAUUCCUCAACAGCACAUUCACGGUUUUAAUUAAAAUUUUGCAUUAGGGAGUUUCUUUUCCCACCAAAGAAAUUCUUUCCGCUGCAAUCUUUCAUAACCAUUUUGUGCUCAAUGCUUUGUCAUUGUCCUGGGAUUAUUAGGUUCAGACUGCCUACUAUGUCCCAUAAGCAAUCUGUUCUUAAUUACAUUACUAGUCCUCCAUCAAUCAUUGCAGACCAUGCUUUGCGCCAGAUGCAUCAAAUUGCAAGUCCUAUUUAUUUAAAUAAGGAGUAAAUAUUCAUCCCGAUUGAGUUGUAGAGUAGAUCAAGAUUAUUGCAGACACCAGUGUAGAUUUUAAUAAAUAUAGGAGAGGGGAGAAAAUUAUAUUUUAUUUCAGGAGACAAGUCCUUUAAUAACACUCUUGUUGACAAAGAAACCCCAUAAUAGCCAGAAUCCUGUAACUAAUAUAGACCUUGGUUGCACAAGUGCAUGUACUUUGAGGAACUUUUGUGAAAAAAAAAGCAUCCAAUGUAGGUUGAGCAUCUCUUCAGAAAUUUUAAAAUGUGAAAUACUGCAGAUUCUAAAUUCACAUGGGUAGCUGAGAUGGUGCAACCUGUACUUGCUUAUAUUUCAGUGCACACAGACUUAAUUUCAUGCACAAAAUUAUUUGACAUAUUGUGUGUAGUUACCUUCAGCCUAUGCAUAUAUAUUUUUGUGUGUGUCAGGAGCGACUUGAGAAACUGCAAGUUGCUUCUGGUGUGAGAGAAUUGGCCAUCUGCAAGGACGUUGCCAGGGGACACCUGGAUGUUUUUUGAUGUUUUUACCAUCCUUGUGGGAGGCUUCUCUCAUGUCCCCGCUUGGAGCUGGAGCUGAUAGAGGGAGCUCAUCCGCGCUCUCCCCAGGUUGGAUUUGAACCUGGCAGCCUUUAGGUCAGCAACCCAACCUUCAAGUCACAAGGCUUUAACCCACUACGCCAUCGGGGACGUAUGCAUAUAAGGUGCAUAUGAAGCAUUAAUGAAUUCCGUGCUUCGAUUUUAAGACAUCUCAUUAUGUGUCUCUAUACAAAUUCAAGUAAAUUAAAAUUCCUCUCCCGCAAAAAUCCAAAAUACUUUUGGUUGCAAGCAUUUUAAACAAGGGAUACUCAACCUCUGCUUAGGCCCCUUCUACACUGUCCUUAUAUCCCAUGAUCUGAUCCCAGAUUAUCUGCUUUGAACUGGAUUAUAUGAAUCUCAAUUGCCAUAUAAUCUGAGAACAGAUCAUGGAAUAUAAGAACAGUAUGGAAGGGGCCUUAGUUAUAUUGUUCCUUGUUCCAGCAAUGUAACAGUUGUGUGAGGAGUGGAUGGAUGGCUGUCAGAGCUCCAUCACCAUGAUUCCUGACCGCCAUGAGGAGAAUGAGGAACCAUUCACCCACUGUUCGACACUUCUUGUACACAAAGUAGGAGAUAUGGAGGAGUGAUUGUUGGAUUGUUCCAAGUUUUUUCAUGAAGCCAGAAAGAGCAGACUUAGUUUGGGGAUGGAAGGAGCCAGUUUAAUGUAAAGGUUAACAGUCACAACUAAUCAGUAGCCAAGAGAACAAAGGUACCCCAGGAGCCUUCAUAGUUGGAUAGGAAGUCAGAACAAAGGAGCAACUUCCCAAGGCAUAAAACAAUGAUGAGAUUUACGUUGUGUCAGUAAGCAUACCAGGUCUCAGCCACACUGACAAAGCUAAUGAAUGAUAAAGAUGACAAGGCUGUUCAGAGAGAUGUCAGAAAAGAAAAUAACAAGGAAUUUUAAAAGAAUAAAGGGAAAGAAUUGGGCAAAAGCAUCCUGUUAUUUAAGACUGAUGUGCUGUCUCACUUCAAAAUUGAGUUCAUUUUUUUCAUCUAUUGUUUACUUGUCCAAUGUAACUGUUUCUGAUUCAGGACUCCUUUUUUUGAACUCAGAUUUAUUUAAUUUUUUAAAUAUGCAACUUGAAUCCAACCCAUUAAAAUUAAAAAUAAAAAGCACAGACCCUAGAAUAAAGCGAACAAUACAAUAUAGAAAUAAUCCCCUAAUUCCCUCUCCCCAUAACUCACCACCACCACUUUAUCCCAUCUUUUUAAAAAUCAUCUCUGCCAUCUAAUUCAUUACUUAACAAACACACUGCUACAGCAAGACUUUGGGGUGAGCAGAGAAGAGAAAUCAUUUUUUGUUGUACCUUUUUGUUAGACACCCAGAGGCUCCUUCUUUGGGGGCCUUUAAGCAGAGGCUGGAUGGCCAUCUGUUAGGGAUGCUUUGAAUGUCAUUUUCCUGCUUCUUGGCAGGGGGUUGGACUGGAUGGCCUGUGAGGUCUCUUCCAACUCUAUCAGUCUGUGAUUCUAUAAUGCCAUUUGUCCAUUGGUAGAACAAACUAGAUUUUUUCUUCGGUUAAGCAAAUCUCAUUGGGUUUAGUCACUUUUAUGUGAACAGAUAUAAGAUUGAAUCCUGUUUAUUCUGUGCCCUUUAAGGAAAGGUAAAUAUGUUAAUAUUCUUCUUUUUAUGGUUUUGUGAUUACCACAGUGGCAAAUCAGUUGGCCAGACUUUGUAACCAGACUGGAACAUAAGAGAGAUUGUCAUAAAGGCCAGGCUGACUUCAUUUGUAAAUUGGAGCAACAUGUUGCGUUGACUUUUGAAUGCAUUCACCUGUCUUUAGAAGGGUGACUUAAACCCUUUGUAGGUUUACUAUUCAUUUAGUUCAGAUUGUUGGUGUCAAAAGCUAAAAUAUUGUGUGUGCCUCUUAGUUUGUUCCUCUUGUCUCCACUUUUCUCACUAAAUCCUUUCAAGCCUUUUUCCAUUAUUCUGUUUUUUAUUGCCUCCUUUUCUCCAUGCAUCUUGUUAUUGGGAAUCUUUCAGCAUCCACCAAUAAUAAAAUAUGCAUCGCAUUGUUUUUUUUAACUUUACCCUCUGUUAUCUUUGCUUUAUUUUUCCUUCUGUUAUAUUAUCAUGUCUUGUUCAGCUUUUCUUCUUUCCAAAGAUUCAAUAAUAUUUUAUAGCACCAAAACAGAGUCCUGAUGGAUACUGUACUUAUUGUACUAAUGCCAGUUUUGUGCUGAGAAUGUUUUCCCCCCCACAAUACAGUGAGCAUUGUUCAAUAUAGUAUUUGGAUGACCAAUCCAGAAUUUUGCAUUGCCGUCAACUUUUAAAAACUGUGUUGUGCCAUCAUCAAUUGUCCUCUUGUGAUGUAUUCAAUUCCCAAACAACAUUAACACCAAGCCCAAACCUCUGUUCAGGGUGAUAAACACAAAACUUUGAAUUAGAGCGGCCUGUAUUUUAUAUUUUUAGGCAAGAAAAAUGUGUAACACCACAAACCAUAGAGGUUUGUGUUCAGUGUAGCCAAACUGAAUGAAACCUUUUUAAUGCAGAGGAUGUCACACAUGGCAGAAUUGUCAUUUAGGUUAUUCUUAAUGCAUUGAAAAGGCAGCUUGGGAAGGUCAUGUGAAUUAACUUGCAUGAUACAGAUCAGUGACCUUGAAAUAUAAGGAGCUUGUUGAAUGUUGCAUUUCAAUUAAAAUAAUAUUCCUCGUGACUGAAGCUCUGGGCAUUUUCCUCUCCAAAGGACAGCAGCCAAAUUUACCUUUCUAACAUGAAGCCAAUCUUUCUAGCAUAUCUAAAGCACAGAAUCCCUUCACUGGAACAUAAAUUUGACAGUGUUAUUCUAGACCUUAGGGCUUUCCUGUUCCUCUAAGCUUAAUUGACUGUGGCCUUCACCAGCACAAUAAUAAAGCAGGAAUAACUUACAUUUUCAUUUUCUGAAAGUUAUCUUUCAUAUAGGUUCACUAUAUGUGAUAAUAAUUAUGCCAUUCUUUUUAAAGUGGUAAAAUUCACUACAGUUUCUGUGAACUUCUAAAAUGAAUGUAUGAUAUUGGUUUGUUCUAACUGGUAUUAGCUAGUGGCUGCUUGAAUUGAGGUAUAUUGUAGCAGUUUGACACCAUUUUCACUGUCAUUGCUCAAUACUAUAGAAUCCUGAAAUGUGUAAUUUGAUGUGGCACCAGAGUGAAGGCUAUAUAUCCCAUAAAUUAAACAUUGCAGAAUUCUAUAGCAUUGAGCCAUGGCAGUUAAAAUGGUGUCAAACAGGCAGACCCCACAGCAUAGCCAUUGUUCAACAGUUGCAAAGUACAACCUCUUUUCAUGUGCAAAUAGUCCUAUCAUGCAAUGUGCCCUGAUGUGAAAUACAAUCUGUUUCACAAUGGGAGGCCCCAUUGCAUAAGGAGGCAUCUGGCAUGCUGCCCUGUUGGCUUAUUGAAUAUAACACUGGCCAAUGCCCAUUUCAGUACCUCAGGUGUUUGGCCUCUUUCUGGGUAUAGUUGACCUGCUGGCCCCAGUUUUCCCUUAUCAACUAGUUUUUGAGACACACAACAUAUACCAUCUUGCUUGCCCAUAGAAAACCAUGGCAACCAUACCUAAGAAACUAAAACUGAUGCAAUCUAUCCCAUGCAGUUUUCUCAGUCAGCACCCCAAAUAACCCCAAGAAUGGGCCUUAAAAAACAUUAAGACAUUUUUUGAGCUGUGUAAUGUCACUGAUGUUGAUUUGUCCACAUAAAGCUAUACAUCAAAGAUUCUGAUAUAGGAUCUCACCCAACACUUAUUAGUACCACUUGUGCUUGAAAUGUUAUAUCAGCUGGGCUACUAUGAUGAACAGGAACAAAUGUAAACUAAACAUGUACAUAGGCUCCCCCAUUGUAUUAACUGAAUGUGUGGUUUCUGGGGAAGGUUACGGGAAUAUAUAUCUAUCUUAUUUAUUUUAAGCUUGAAUCUAACAUUUUGCACUUAGAUUGCACUUUAAUUUUAAAAUUUCUAAGGGGAAAAUAUCACAGAGAUGCCUACUGAAUCAACAACCUUUUAGAAUGUCACAGGUUACGGAGAAAGAUAAUGUAUAUCUAUAUUGACUUCAUCUAUAUGACUGAAUUGUCCCUGGUCAUAAGUAAUGACCAUCUCUUAGCAUAAGGCAUGCACCACAGUUUUUCACACUUGAUAACAUGGCACAAAGCAUUUUGUCAGUAAAUUGCUUUUGUGGAUUCAUCCUAUCAUGUGGAAUAGAUAAUCAGGACAAGAGUAAAUUAGUGUCUUCCCAUCAUGUAUUUAAAUAUCAGUCAAAACAGCUAUGAUAAAUUAUAAUCUAUGCUAUUCCCUAAAAAGACUAUGCCUCAGCUACGUCUUUUAGAAUACAUUCAACUCAUCCUGAAAUCUAGCAUUAGUAUUUUUAAGGUAAAGUUUUGUUGUUCCAGGAAGAAAGUUGGGUUGAUUUUAAAACACUUGAAGUUGAAGUGCAAUUUUCACUCAUUGGCUGUAGCUAGGAGAACAUUUGAAUCAAUAGUGAAAUUGAUUUAAAAUGUGAUGUUGAUCUAUGAUUGAUCAUAUAAUUAAACAUUAAUAGCUCACAGUACUGGGGUUCUGUUCUUCUAAAAAAAAAAAUUCCACUGGUCACAUGUGCAUCUGUAAUAUAAUUGCACUAAUUUCUUCAUCAAUGAAUAAUUGAAGGUAUCACUAAGUUUGCAAAUUUAGCUUAGUGCAUUUUAACAAUCUGUUAUUCCUAUUUUGGUAAUAUUAAUAUGUAAACAGACUUGUACGAAUUAGAAUUGUGCCUUCUAUCAGCUGUAACAGUCACAAAUGCUUGACUUUCACAAAUUCUAUAGAACAGUGUGUUGUCUUUCAUAUUAUAGGCACAGAUUAUCUAAAAUACUUGAAGUGUGCUUGCUGUGUAUUCAUCAUGCUUCAGUGAUGAUAUUUACUUGUGGCAAAACAUAUUAAAAUUCUUCCGUAGACAAGCUGCAGAAAUGAAGUUGUAAAAAGUUGUAGGUCCAUGGUAAUGGGGUGUUGUGUGGUUUCCAGGCUGUAUGGCCCUGUUCUAACAGCAUUUUCUCCUGACAUUUCACCUGCAUCUGUGGCUGCCAUAUUCAGAGGAUCAGAUCAGAUGAAGGCAAAACAUCAGGAGAAAAUGCUUCUAGAACACAGCCAUACAGCCUGGAAACAACACAACACUCCCGUGAUUCCGACCGUUAAAGCCUACAACAAUCCAUGGUAAUGCUUUGCAUGAAUAAGAGGAGCCCUUGUUCAAUCCCUGUCACCUCCCGAUCAGGUUAACAAAGAUCUUUUUAAAACCCUAUACAAUGGUUGCCAGGCAGUAUAGAUAUUACUGUGCAAGGUGUACUAAUAGUCUGAUUUUGUACAAAGCUAAUAUCAUGUGUAAUGUUUUAAACAGAAAGGUGUAAUUGCAGUGUUACUACUGUAUUUCAUUGAAUCUAAGACACACUUUCCCCCCAGAUAAUCAUCUUGAAAAAUGGGGUACCUUUUAGAAUUGCAAGCUUUUUUUCUGUCUCAGAAUUGAUGGUGUCUUAGAAUUGAUGAAAUAUGGUAUUUUUUCAGGUACAGCUGAAAAGGGGGGAUUAUUUGUUAUUCAUCUGCUUUCUCCAUUGUAACUUCAAAUUAUCCAUGACUAUGGUCACAUCUACACUGACCACUUACUACAGUUUAAAGGCACCUUGACAGUCCGCUAUUUAAAUAAUAUAUGCUGCAAACAUGUGCAGCAACAUGCAUUAAGGCUUUAAACCAGGCUAAGCAAAAUUAGGAGAUACUCUGAUGAACUAAUACUGAUUAAAAGUUGGAUGCUUCUUCACUGGCUUUGAACCUGUGGAUAGUGUGGAUCCUAGAACCAGUUUGAGGCCAGCCUCUGGUGUGUAUAAGCACCAUCCAGGCUUCUAACCAAUUCCAGGGCUUCACAUGUAAUAACUGGCACAGUGACAUCACUUCCUCUUCUACUGGUUUCACACUGACCUCAGUGGUCAGAGUAAAUGUGCAUUACAUCAGGCUUUUAUUCAUUAUGUUGUAUACAUUGGUAAAAAGCUAAGAUGUACCAACCUAUAUUACAGUAUAAUGAGAGAGUAGCUUAAGGAUUUCACAUCUACUUCAAAGUAUAGCACAGCUGCCCCCAAAUGUUUCUUUAUACACAGUGGAGCUUGCAAUUAAGUGAAUGGUGGAAAAGAAUUAUGGGCUGGGGAACCUUCCUAGAUAUGUACCAGUAGGUGCUCAUUGAUGGAAAAAAUAAUACGCAUAAUACAAAGAAAAUAAAUAGUGAAUGGUUUUAGAGUUUUAUUUCACAUGUUUUCUGAAGUGGCUAACAAAUCAGAAAAGGCAAGAAAAUAUUCAGUUUAAAAUGGUUGUCUCAAGAAAAAUGGAAGGUCUAGAUGUAAACUUCAUUGUUUGCAAGUGGGGUCAUUAAAAUGUGUAACUUCCAUUGUUCAUGAGGUAUGCCAUAAUUGCAAAAUGUUGAUUGGCUAUGGAAAUUCUAAGCAAUCUGUAAAAUGCAGUCUUCAAACCAGUUUCCUAUGCAUUAAACAGCAAUAUGCAUAUUUAAUGAGCAUCUGCUAACAAAAUCAAGCAAUCUAAAAAUCACAUCACCUCUUGCUUUUCCAAAAAAAAAAAAAAAAGCCACUAUGGUCCUGCUGAAAUUGCCUUAAGUGAUUUAAUGUGUGUUUGUAUCAUUAAAUUAUGUGGAGACUUUUUGUAGUUUUGUAUGUAUUUUCCCCAAGUUUUAAGAAGUAAGAUUUUUUCACAUUUCUCACACAAACCAAAAACAAACUACGGUAAUACUUAUUCCCAUAGCUAAACUCAUUUUUUCUGUAUUAAAAUGUAUGUGGGUUUGUAAGAUGGUGUGUGUGUGUGUGUGUGUGUUUAAUGAGUAAAUAAAACUGCAAUCACAUGUCUAUAAACUAUGUCAUUGAGGUACUGUAAUUUAGGUCACUAGCACUAUUUACGUAGGUUCUGAGAAGCUUGAAAUGACAGUAUAUUGUAGCCCCUCUUAGAUAAAAAAAAUGGAGUUUGUUCUGUAAUUCAAACAAACACAUAUUCUUCUCCAAACAACUGAGGCUGGAUUUAUUUAUUUAUUUCCAAUAUUUCUACCCCGCCCUUCUCCCCGAGGGGACUCAGGGCGGCUCCCAAGAAUUUAGAUACAAGACAAACUUUCUUGUGCUGGCCAGAGAUGAUCUGUGAAAUGUUGUGAAAUCUUCUUUAAAAACUAACUUUUCCAAGCUAGUAUGUGUUCUCAGGAAAGCAUCCUGCCUCCUGGUCCAUUGUACUGUAUUCUGUUUGCAUGUUACGAUUCCUUCUUGAAAGUAAAGGUAGAAUGAUUUUUGCAAAGAGGGAACUGUUAGAAAUGACUAAAAGGGCUAUUUGAGUUCAGAGCAUGGAAGCUGUGGAUUCUUCCAGUUCAGCUGAAGAAGACCUUAAUAGCUUAACACAGUCUUUGAGGUUGAUUUAUAUUAGUGACCGGUGUCACUAAUAUAGAAUAUUGAGGUUCUUAAAAAUGCUUCCAAUUUGAACUUCGGUUUACUGGAAAACAUACCUGAAUUAUCUAUAAAUGCUCACUGUUUUGCUUACAUCAGCAUUUGGAAAAUGUGCAACUCCUUGCCCUUUUACUUUUAUUUAAGCAGAAUAUAAUGACUGAUUGACUGCAGAAAGCAUUUCAUUCACCUCUCUUGUGUUGAUAAAAAAGUUUUUAUUUUAUUGUACCACACUGUGUGUAAUGAUUAUCCAUGGUUGACAUUUGCACUUUAAUAAAGAGAAUCAUCUUAUAAAAUACUAAA